AUCCGGCCCUCCUCUUCCCACAACGUUGAAUUUAGAUAGCAUGGAGCAUCUACUAUCCCGGUCUUGACGGCCCUAUCGAUACUUAUUUCUUGACGGACGGGAAGGUCACCUUGAUGUAUGUCGGUCAUACAUACAUACAAAAAUGAUAUUCGUACACGAACCAGCACAUCCGGCAUGGCGAAUGAUUUAUUACAUCGCAAUUGCCUCAUCCACUUCCACAAACUUGAAACAAAAAGACCUGAAUUAUUUUUUUCAGGCUCUACAAAAAUGAUUCAAUUCCCUCGUUUCUUCAAAAAUUCGACUUAUUUCCUCUCUUAAGCCUUUGACAUCAAGUUCCAAAAAAACAAAAUGUGCGAUUACACGGAAGUCGAGUACAUGUGUGGCCAUGUUCGCUAUUUGGUCAAGGCGUGGUGUGUCGAGUAUCAGCGAACACAACAAAGGUGCUCGCCGAACGUUGUGGGAAAAGAAACACGGCAGGAUCACUGCGGUACUUGCGCUCCCUUUUCGCUCUCUACCUUAACCUUGCCCGACACCUCACAUGCAGCCCCGAGAUAUGUCCACAACUUAUUAUCCGUUUCUAGUUGCCGUGGAGUUUAAGCUGUGAAUCUGCUGAAGCAAAUACUUAUCCAUGUCUCUAGGGAGUUGCAAGAAGAAAACCUCGUCGCAGCCAUCGUCGUCACAAUAGCGGUUGAUCCGACCGCCCGCCGCAAAACUCAGUAUUUGCGGGGAUUCCGGCCUGGAUAACCUGCCCCUGCCACUGCUCCACAGCCGGUUCUAUCUCUCCGCCGGUUCCUCCUCCAAUGUAGGAACCCGAUAAAUUUUCAAUCACAUCGAAGAAUCGAAGACGGAUACUCCCGGAUAUGGACGAUUGUACGUUAUAUGUGAAAGUUGCGCCAAGAACACCCAAAUCGAACCGUUUUAGCGGCAACAGGCGCCUGAUGUCUCCGUUUCUUGCGCAUCCAAUCAUUCUUUCAGCUCGGCCAACUUGGUCGCAAUGGGGUUGCAAAAAAGUUCCUGGUACUUCCGUCGGAUAAAAGGUUACACAUGUAUGGGUUUCGGGGUUGGUAUUCUGAUUAUUUCUUGGUACUAAUCAAGCAUGAGGACGGGGCAUUGUCUUUUCUUUUUCUUCUCUCUUCUCUCCCGACGGCUUUUUUCUGUGUUUUCUAUUCGCCCGCCGUCUUUUGGGUUUUCUUAAUGAUAAGUGACGACCGCAUGUCUGCUGCAUAUACUCCGUACACCCUCCACUGCUUUAGGUUCAUGGUCGGUUUUAUCUGAAGCCCGUGGCCGUCUGUGCUAUUGUCUCUAUCCGUCGAAGCGAUAUUCCGCCCUUGGCGAUCAAUUCUCCCCGCCUCAUUCUUCCACCCUUGUUCAGUUUCAAGCCCCAAAUCAUCUCAGUUUUGUGAGAUGUCUAACUCUUUUAUCAUAUUUACAACCUGUGGUGAGAAUCAUGUCUUGAUGUUAACAUGUUGCCCCAAACCUCCAACUCCACUUGGUUCAUGGUUUUCGUAUCUGAAAACGCCCAGCGGAGUACCUCAUCUUCUCUCUGGUUGAACAAACCACCUUGCAGAAAAUCUAUUCCAAAAAGGAAUGUGGGUGCUCAUUAUUAUGCAUCCAAUUUAGAUGCAUAUGCAUGACAUGUUGCUUCUUACAUAUGUAUGUACUCCGUACAUCCCGUCUGUUUUCUAACAUGCAUGUUCUUCCUCUUCUCGCCCAGAGGAGGCUAAAGCAUCGCAUCCAUAUCCGUCUCUUUGGAGCCAAAGGCGAACUCUUUAACCUUUUUA